ACAAGUGAAGAAAUAUAUACCGGGGGAGCGAUAACAUGGCCAAGGAAGGCAAUGAAAAAAUAAAUUAUUUAGAAGAGACAUUCAGUCGUGAAAAGUCUCCAACGACGGUCUCCUACUUUAAAAAUGAAGGUGUUUGCGACAAUUUUAGGUGUGGCAAUCAUCUGCGCAGUGGUUUCCGCAUUGCCGGGUCCCUACCCAGGACCUAGCCCCGCUCCUGCCCCAGGACCUCUGCCGGCACCUAGGCCUGCCCCAGGCCCUGCUCCCUACAACCGUCGCAACUAUCCCGGAUGUGGACCCCUAGGCUACAACUGCGACGUAGGCGGGUGCCCUCCUUUCUUCCCUCGUGGAGUAGCUUAUGAAGGCUUCCCCUAUCCAGGGUUUCCCCAAUAUCCUCUUCUUUAAACAACUACUUUAAUUUAACGUAAAAAUAGAUAAAUAAAAUUUAAAACAAGUU